GUAAACCUUUCCCUCCCCCUUUCUUUUUCUUUCUUUCUUUCUUUCUUCUUAGACAGUGUCUGCAGUAAAAGACGUUUAUUAAAACUACAACAGUCACUACAACAAAUUAACGACCCUGAAAAUACACAAUAUAUCGUCAUGGCAGCUCAACACCACCAUGCCACCUCACCAAUGUCCAUAACCCAACUGUGCAAUUUCGAAGAAGAACAAGAAAAUAAGAAUGGCGUCGUCAUGACUGCUGGUGGUGCUAAUGAUGCCGAUGUGCGAUUAGCUGCGGAAGCACUCGGUGAUAUGGCACGUAGCGGAGGAGGUGCUAUUGAAAAUAAAGAUAAGAUCGUAUUACCGCCGAUUUCUUCACCGCCAUCCAUGCGAUACUAUUCAUUCUCAAGCGAUUCAUCGGCCGCAACAACAAUCACCGAAGACGAACACCAUCUCCAGCAACAACAACUAAUACAACAACAGCAGCAGGAACGCGUCUCUGACUAUACCUUGGUCAAUUCGGCAUGGCGUGCAUUCCAGUCGUCCAAAGAGUCUGUCAAGUAUGGUGCAGAAAUGGUCGAGUCUCUUGCUGCGCCUAUCUAUGAACGCUAUGGCCCACGUCGUCCAUCGAUUCAAGCAGAAGAUGAAGACGAAGCUACAGUGGCGACGGCCAAGAUACUGGCAAAAACAUUCAUUUCCGAACAUCCGGAACGGAACUCGUUAAGGCAUCGACGUGGCGAUGGAGGUGUUAACAAUGGUACCACCACACCGAUACGAUCACGCCCGUGCUCCCGGUCGACCUCGCCACACCGGCCUUACACGUUGAAGCCGAAAUCGCCAGUACGCCAUCAAAAGAACUUGCAAACCAGUCGAUGGCAUCAGCUCGUGCUUCACGCCGGCUCCGCAGCAGGUACUACGGCCGCCGUUGUCAGUGAAGAGAGCAUGAAGUGCCUUCGCUAUUGUCUUUCCUGGCUACAGUAUGCUAUCCAACACAUUGAGGGACAAAUGGCACUACUGCGCAGCUACUUGGUGUCACUUGCCAGCGGCAGUAGCCAUAAACCCAACAACAACAACAGCAGCAAAAACGUCGUACACCAUCACCCACAGCAACAUUCAAACGAAACACUCGCAGCGAUUAAAAAAGAAAUGGUCGACACGGUCCGAAAAGUAGUCGAUGUGAUCAGUCGCUAUGCAAGCUCCAGUUUACCCGAACAAGCAAAGAACACGGUGCGAGGGUUCAUUCUGGAACUGCCCAAACGGUGGAAUACAGCCAACAGCAGCACAAGCCCAUCUCCAGUGACAGGGCCCGAUGAUGACCCUCAACUGCAUGAAACAUCCAUCAAGCUUCUGAACUUUGGUGGCGAGUCCAUUGAGAUGCUCGAGUCUGUGUCCAACGUUUUUUCAGAUACGGUGGAUCGUGCUGAUCUGUGGCUUGACCGACUCCGCGUCAUGGGUGUCGCCGGUACUGCUACUGGCAGUUACCACGACAACAACAACAGCGGGAUGCGUUCCGAAGGACACUCGUCCUUGUCACCUCCUGCUCCGAGAAAGGACACCGUUGCGAUGGAUACCACUUGAUAAAAAAAAAUGUACCGCUUUCUGCCCUCCCCAUUCCUCAUUUACUUCAUCCAAUCAUUCAUUCAUUCAUUCGUCUUAUACUUCUUUUUAACUACACCAUCCUUCACUUGAUAUUUUACUUAUAGUCCUAAUAAAAUACCCCCACUUCUAAGGACAUGGAGCAAAAACAGCAAAGCC